AUGCCUUGGGUCGGGCAGGACAACAACCCCAGCCAACCAUACAUCCACAACACCUAUGCCCCCCACCUCCAGCAAAAUUACUAUGGGGGCGUGCCCCCGGCCCCUGGGAUAUUCAAUUAUAGUAACGCACAUGCGUACGGCGUGGAUGGAUGGCAGCAGGCGAUGAGGCUGGGGCUGGGGAAUCAGCAGGGGAGUUACAAUGGAGGCCAACCGGGGCAUUUCUAUGGAAACCAGCAGAUGAUCCCUUUUCAAACCUCACCUUCUCAACCUUCACUUUUCCAGCCUUCACUACCUUCAUCACCUUACCAACCUUCACUAUUUCAACCUUCACUAAAUCAACCUUCACUCUAUCAACCCUCACUAUAUCAGCCUUCGCUAUAUCAGCCUUCACAUCAACCUUCCUCCGCUCCCAUGACUACGCGAAUGCAGCAGACCGCAAGAAAGGGUAAGGGAGCAGCCCGACGCGGACGGGGACGUCAAGGAGGUGGUUCUUCUGGUGUGAACGCAAACCCUGCUGCAGCUGCACUCAAGGCGAGAUUGAAAAAGACCGCUCGAUGCUCUCUCGCCCCCGAAGGCCAGGCUUCUCAAGGUUGCAGUAAUGCUACUACAGCCAUUGGCAUGAUGUGGUGCUGGAGCACUAUGAUGCAUAUGACUAUGAUGUCUAUGCUUAUGCCUCCGAAUGCUCCCACGUAUAUCGACUCUAUCGCCGCGGAUCUUGCUGAACAGCCCCAGGAACAAACUCCUUACUCUGGAGACAUGUUCGUCAAGGCACUGCACUCCGAGUCUAGUGCUGAAGACCCGAAAGUUGGGGGCAAAGCUGGGGGCGCCGGGCAGUCUGCCAGGCCUAUGGAGGGAAAGCAGGUUGGAUUCGGUGCAGAUAAGAUUGGCAAUGAUAAUGUCGGCCACAAAUUGCUCAGCAAGAUGGGUUGGGCCGAAGGCGAAAAGAUCGGAAAGGCAGGAGGCAGUGGUAUCGAUAUGCCAAUCGUGGCUGUCGUUAAGAAUACCAGGAAGGGUCUUGGAGGUUGA